AUGAGCAUCAAGGCAGCCAGUCUCCCCACCUUGUCCAGUCUUUACAAGACUGGCCAGAUGGCAGCAUCGGCUACUGAUUCUCUCGCAGCCUAUACGGCCUCCAAUUUGUUGAAUGACAAGAUAUCUCUAUGGAAAGGCGAUAUCACGAAGCUGGAGGUUGACGCCAUAGUCAACGCUGCCAACCGCGGCUUGAUGGGCGGUGGAGGAGUCGACGGUGCUAUCCAUCGUGCGGCAGGAAGUAGCCUUUUGGAGGAGUGUAUCAAAUUAAGGGGCUGUGAGACUGGAAAAGCCAAGAUCACAUCGGCAUAUCGACUGCCGAGCAAGAAGGUUAUCCACACGGUCGGGCCAGUGUACCACGACCAGAGCCAAAGGGACUCACGCGCACUGCUUUCCAGCUGCUAUCGCAGCAGCCUAGAGCUUGCCGUCAAGGAAGGCUGCAGCAGCAUUGCGUUUUGUGCCAUCAGCACGGGAAUCUAUGGAUACCCUAGCAGAGACGCGGCAACAACUGCAACGACAACGGUCCGGGAAUAUCUUACUGGCCCCAACGGCCACAAAAUUGGCCGUGUUGUUUUUGUCGUUUUCGAAGUGAAGGACGUCCAUUCAUACGAAAGCUGUCUACCAAUUAUCUUCCCUCCGGCUACCAAAAAAACAGCCGAUGGUGCAACUGCAUUGGCCCCGGAAACAACCGCUGACCCCGAUGUCGGCGAGGCGGCUACGAAGUGA